AUGGACAGAUACAACUUGCUGCGUGGCGCUAUGGGGUUUCCUAUUGACUCUGAGUUCGGGCGCUCUUUCGCGGCGAUGGAGCAGGAGCGGCGCAAGCUGAUCUUCAACCGCAACAAGAACGUAGUUGUGAAGAUAGUUGGCUGUAGACGUCGGCAGGAGAGCCCUUCGGACCUGGAGCCAGUGAUUCACCUCAACGGCUUCUUCUACUCCGACAGCAAUCCCUACAUUCUUACUUGUGCACACGGUCUUGAAAGCGGUGCAACGGAUUUCUUUGCAUUGAUGAGCGAUGGCAGUGCCUUCAACGAUCAGGUCCCCAUCGAGCUGGUGAAGUCGGGGCAGCGGAAACAGGUCCCGCCUGAUAACGCCUGGGUUGAUUGGGUCCCAGACGUGGCCGUCUUCAAAUGCCCACAGCAGCCCGCACACCCGCCACGACUGCACGGCUCCGUGGCAGCUACCGGUGACAGCGCCUACAUGAUUGGCUUCACUGGACGGGAUGCUCCACAACUGAGCUCCAAUAGCGGCACCGUUUCCAGCGUUCACUUCAUGGGUGGCGCCCGAUCACCCUUCGGUUCCUUCACCAUUGACACGUAUGCCGAGCCAGGGUACUCCGGCAGCCCCAUCCUGAACAUGGACGGCUUCCUGAUAGGCAUGGUGCAAGCCGGGCACGACCCUAACGGUAGCAAGCAGGUGACCGCCAUUCCCGCCCAAGGCAUCAAUGUGUUCCUGCAGACCUGCGGAGAUGUGUUGCCAGGAAUCAAGCCGUAA